UCGAGCGGUAAGGUGUGCUCUUCUAAAAGAUGCGAACAUCCCUGAAAUUUAUCCAUUCGCGUUGGCGUCGAGUCGCCGGCGGACAUUGCGCAGGCCCGUUGACACGAUCGAGCGGCGACACGCUCUAGGAUCGCGCCGAGGCAGCGACAGUUUCUCCGCGUUUAUGUCGAAAAUGUCCGGCAAAGGUGAGCGCGGCGGGGUGAAUGCCAAUGCGAGAUUGUCCAUUCGGCCCCGGAAUAUCUGACUGGGUUUCGCUCGCGUGCGGACUGGGCUAGACACAUUAGGCGAGCCUGUCAAUAAUCGAUGACCGACCGACUCCGCACCCACGACAGUCUGCCUCGAUUCCUAAGAACGUCUUCACCCUGGUCAAGAUUUAACCCAGUUUGACAGAACGUGAGUUGUCAGCACACCUGCGGUCCAUUAACAUGACAUAAUUUCAUUUCGAAAACCAGAUCAGGUUUCCAUUCAGAGAGCAAUCGCUUCAAGAUCUUGAGUACAAAAUCAAAAAAUGUCGGACGUCGAAGGCGACGACGAGUUCCAAGAUGCUCAGGAAAGCUUUCCACAGCCUACUUCUAUGGACCUGGAUACGUCUUUAAAGGAGGCAAGACAAGCGAUUCACUGUUUCUUUAACAAUAAUUUCCAACAGGCGAAGAAGAUAUUGGAACCAUGGGCAGACAGUAGUCUGUACCAUUCUCUUGGGAACAGUGUAUUUGCGUUUCUCGAGGCUAUUUUAACAUUUGAACAUAAACACAUUGAAAAGGCGUCGGAAGCUCUGAAGCAAUGCAUGACUGUAUGUUCAAAGUAUCGAAAGCACACGACCAUUACGCAUAAUAUUGGGAAGAUGGUGAAGAGAGCUAAUUACUCUAAUUAUUCGAUCGAGGAGGUGCAUGCGGAACUGUGCUAUGCCGAAUCGCUCCUAUUGAAGGCGAUGCUUACAUUCGUGGAGGACGAGACUCUGGUCAGCUUUGUGAAGGCUGGAUUGAAAAUUCGUACCUGCUUUCUUUCGUACAAGGAAUGCCAGACGAUCUUAAAAACGAGAAAGUGGGAAAGCGAUGUUCAUCGAAUACAUUUUGAAAGUGGAGUACGGAUGGGCAUCGGGACGUUUAAUCUGAUGAUAUCGUUGUUACCAAGUCGGGCAAUCAAGUUACUGGAGUUUAUUGGAUUCUCUGGAGAUAAGAAUUUUGGCCUGUCCCAGUUACAAGCCGGAUGCAAGGAACGGAAUGGUAUACGCCAGGUGCUUUGUGUUAUGACUUUGUUAUCAUACAACUUGAUCGUAUCUUUUAUACUGAGCCACGCUGAAAGCGACCUGCAAUGGUGUGAAAAAACUCUUGACGAACAAUUAAGUCUUUAUCCGAACGGUGUCUGGUUCCUCUUUUUCAAAGGAAGACUCGAGUUUAUAAAAGGUAAUCUCGACUCGUCUAUCGAGUGGUAUAAAAAGUCCUGGAAAAGCCAAGAUCUGUGGCCUCAAUUCCAUCAUCUUUGCUUUUGGGAGCUAAUGUGGGCUCACUGUGUUCAACUGCAGUGGGAUGAAGCUGUCGUAUACGCUAGUAAGCUUGCCGAAUCGUCCAAUUGGUCGCGAACAAUUUAUCUCUAUCAGAAAGCGGCAAUCCUUAUUAUGUCAAAGCCAGACGCGAUGAGUCAAACGAAACAGGAUAUUGAGAAUCUUUUGACGCAAGCACCGACUUUCAAGCAACGCAUUGCCGGGAAAUCGUUACCCAUGGAAAAGUUCGUCAUUAAAAAGUCUGAACGUUACUUCGCCCAAAGGAAGAAACUUAUUCUCCCUGUGUUUGAACUGAUGUUUGUUUGGAACAUGUUCAGGGUAGUCGGCAAACGAGAAGAUUUGCUUAUGAAUGUACUAAAAGUCAUUGAGCAAGAGGAAAAACUCUUAAAUGCAUCGCCGAAAACGGAAUAUCACGUAGACAACUCAUCGCUCCUCUUACUUUUGAAAGGAGCCUGCCUAAGACAAAUGAAAAAACCAUUUCUGGCUGAGGACUGUUUGAAGCGUGUUAUUUUAUCAGAGAAACAACUCAAGGAAGAUACAUAUUUACCUCCUUAUGCGGCGGUUGAGCUGGCUUUACUCGCUCGCGAUCAGGGCAAUAAGGAAGUAGCGAUUGUCCUUUUGGAAAAUGCAAGGAAGAACUUUACUGGAUAUUUUCUCGAAUCCAGAUUGCAUUUCAGGAUCCAUUCUGAUUUGAUGGACCUUACAGGGAAGAAUCCAGAGGAACCCAUUAUAACUAACAACGUCGAUGCUGCGGGUCCUAGUACCGACAUAUCAGCGCCUAAUGAUAUAAAUGACAGUGAACCGGUUACGAAAAUUAAGACUCCAAUGCAAAGGAUGUCCCUGUAAAGUGAUUUAUUUUGUAUUGACAAAUGCUGCACGAUUAAUGUUAAAUGUAACUAAGUUUCAAGUAAAAGCCAUUUAUACGGGUUGAGAUUGUAGCAUAUAGAUUUCUUGGUUACAAUCGUUUUUCAUUGCAGGAACUGCCUAGGAACAGUAAAAGUGGCACCUACCGAUUAUAUUGAAUUCGCCAUUGAUGAAUAAUUAGUAAUUUAACGAUUAAUUUCAUAUGUACAUAUACGUAAGUGAAAAUGUGUGAAAUAAAGUAAUUUUCUAGUAGAUAA